CCACCUCGCCCCCACCUCGGCGCCCACCCAUUGUCCCCUCGCGCAGUCACCGAGCGCAGAUCCCGCGCUCUCGAUUGGAACGCCUCCCCAUCACUCAGCCACACUGAGGGGCUGGACGCCUCACUCCCGUUUCCGAGCCAUAAAAGGUCUAGGACCGCUUCCCCCGAGCCAGCAGAACAUCCAGUCAUGGAUAAAAAUGAGCUGGUUCAGAAGGCCAAACUGGCCGAGCAGGCUGAGCGAUAUGAUGACAUGGCAGCCUGCAUGAAGUCUGUAACUGAGCAAGGAGCUGAAUUAUCCAAUGAGGAGAGGAAUCUUCUCUCAGUUGCUUAUAAAAAUGUUGUAGGAGCCCGUAGGUCAUCUUGGAGGGUCGUCUCAAGUAUUGAACAAAAGACGGAAGGUGCUGAGAAAAAACAGCAGAUGGCUCGAGAAUACAGAGAGAAAAUUGAGACGGAGCUAAGAGAUAUCUGCAAUGAUGUACUGUCUCUUUUGGAAAAGUUCUUGAUCCCUAAUGCUUCACAAGCAGAGAGCAAAGUCUUCUAUUUGAAAAUGAAAGGAGAUUACUACCGUUACUUGGCUGAGGUUGCCGCUGGUGAUGACAAGAAAGGGAUUGUGGAUCAGUCACAACAAGCAUACCAAGAAGCUUUUGAAAUCAGCAAAAAGGAAAUGCAACCAACACAUCCUAUCAGACUGGGUCUGGCCCUUAACUUCUCUGUGUUCUAUUAUGAGAUUCUGAACUCCCCAGAGAAAGCUUGCUCUCUUGCAAAGACAGCUUUUGAUGAAGCCAUUGCUGAACUUGAUACAUUAAGUGAAGAGUCAUACAAAGACAGCACGCUAAUAAUGCAAUUACUGAGAGACAACUUGACAUUGUGGACAUCGGAUACCCAAGGAGACGAAGCUGAAGCAGGAGAAGGAGGGGAAAAUUAACCGGCCUUCCAACUUUUGUCUGCCUCAUUCUAAAAUUUACACAGUAGACCAUUUGUCAUCCAUGCUGUCCCACAAAUAGUUUUUUGUUUACGAUUUAUGACAGGUUUAUGUUACUUCUAUUUGAAUUUCUAUAUUUCCCAUGUGGUUUUUAUGUUUAAUAUUAGGGGAGUAGAGCCAGUUAACAUUUAGGGAGUUAUCUGUUUUCAUCUUGAGGUGGCCAAUAUGGGGAUGUGGAAUUUUUAUACAAGUUAUAAAUGUUUGGCAUAGUACUUUUGGUACAUUGUGGCUUCACAAGGGCCAGUGUAAAACUGCUUCCAUGUCUAAGCAAAGAAAACUGCCUACAUAUUGGUUUGUCCUGGUGGGGAAUAAAAGGGAUCAUUGGUUCCAGUCACAGGUGUAGUAAUUGUGGGUACUUUAAGGUUUGGAGCACUUACAAGGCUGUGGUAGAAUCAUACCCCAUGGAUACCACAUAUUAAACCAUGUAUAUCUGUGGAAUACUCAAUCUCAAUGUGCACACCUUUGACUACAGCUGCAGAAGUGUUCCUUUAGACAAAGUUGUGACCCAUUUUACUCUGGAUAAGGGCAGAAACGGUUCACAUUCCAUUAUUUGUAAAGUUACCUGCUGUUAGCUUUCAUUAUUUUUGCUACACUCAUUUUAUUUGUAUUUAAAUGUUUUAGGCAACCUAAGAACAAAUGUAAAAGAUGCAGGAAAAAAUGAAUUGCUUGGUAUUCAUUACUUCAUGUAUAUCAAGCACAGCAGUAAAACAAAAACCCAUGUAUUUAACUUUUUUUUUAGGAUUUUUGCUUUUGUGAUUUUUUUUUUUUUUGAUACUUGCCUAACAUGCAUGUGCUGUAAAAAUAGUUAACAGGGAAAUAACUUGAGAUGAUGGCUAGCUUUGUUCAAUGUCUUAUGAAAUUUUCAUGAACAAUCCAAGCAUAAUUGUUAAGAACACGUGUAUUAAAUUCGUGUAAGUGGAAUAAAAGUUUUAUGAAUGGACUUUUCAACUACUUUCUCUACAGCUUUUCAUGUAAAUUAGUCUUGGUUCUGAAACUUCUCUAAAGGAAAUUGUACAUUUUUUGAAAUUUAUUCCUUUUUCCCUCUUGGCAGCUAAUGGGCUCUUACCAAGAUUAAACACAAAAUUUAUCAUAACAAAAAUACUACUAAUAUAACUACUGUUUCCAUGUCCCAUGAUCCCCUCUCUUCCUCCCCACCCUGAAAAAAAUGAGUUCCUAUUUUUUCUGGGAGAGGGGGAGAUUGAUUAGAAAAAAAUGUAGUUAUGUUCCAUUUAAAAUUUUGGCAUAUGGCAUUUUCUAACUUAGGAAGCCACAAUGUUCUUGGCCCAUCAUGACAUUGGGUAGCAUUAACUAUAAGUUUUGUGCUUCCAAAUCACUUUUUGGUUUUUAAGAAUUUCUUGAUACUCUUAUAGCCUGCCUUCAAUUUUGAUCCUUUAUUCUUUCUAUUCGUCAGGUGCACAAGAUUACCUUCCUGUUUUAGCCUUCUGUCUUGUCACCAACCAUUCUUACUUGGUGGCCAUGUACUUGGAAAAAGGCCGCAUGAUCUUUCUGGCUCCACUCAGUGUCUAAGGCACCCUGCUUCCUUUGCUUGCAUCCCACAGACUAUUUCCCUCAUCCUAUUUACUGCAGCAAAUCUCUCCUUAGUUGAAGAGAUUGUGUUUAUCUCCCUUUAAAACCCUACCUAUCCUGAAUGGUCUGUCAUUGUCUGCCUUUAAAAUCCUUCCUCUUUCUUCCUCCUCUAUUCUCUAAAUAAUGAUGGGGCUAAGUUAUACCCAGUAUAACUUACAAAAUAUUUACAAAAUAUUUCCUCAGUACUUUGCAGAAAACACCAAACAAAAAUGCCAUUUUAAAAGAGGUGUAUUUUUUCUUUUAGAAUGUAAGCUCCUCAAGAGCAGGGACAAUGUUUUCUGUAUGUUCUAUUGUGCCUAGUACACUGUAAAUGCUCAAUAAAUAUUGAUGAUGGGA